UGAUAAGCCAACAGACGUUAGACUACAGAGCAUUUACUUUCACCUCUCCGAUACGUCGAAGCUAACUUGAGUCUCUACGUACGGUGUGCGCUGUGACGGCAUUGCCAACAAAGUGCUGGACAUAAAAUGAGCAGUCACUUCGAGGUGCCGAGUGGCAAAUCAAAUGUGUUUCAAAUACGUAUCGAUAGCGUUGAGGAUGAAAGCACUUCACCCGUAACGGAAGCCAGUUCUCGCGAGGAUCUCAUUGGCAGUACAGCGGCUGAGAGCGAAAGAACUGUCGAAGAGACCGUCUUUCAGUUUCCCAGAUUUCUGUCUGUGCCCAUACUACGUAAUCCACGCCACAACUCGACACCCACAACGCGUCGAGAAGUCGUCUCGAGUCCGGCGAAAAGUGAACGCAUGAUACGCAACAGCGUGCCCAAGCAAAGACCGCGAAGACUCAGCCAGGACAGUGGCAUAGUGGCAGGUCGUCUAGUGGGUUAUGCUGAGAGCCCCUUGAAUGAUCUAGAUCUCAAGCUUCGUCCAAUGGCGACUAGCGUCACUGUGGAUAAUAUCUACAGUUUUCUGGAGGCAGAGCGCCAACCCGACAGCACACCCAUUGCCGGCAGUCGUCCAGUCUCGCCCAAGGCCCAAGUGAGGACCAUUCCAUUGAGCGGUAACGCUGCGUCCGCUUCGUACACCGAGAAAUGGCUGAACUCAUCGAUGAUGCGCGGCAGCAAUGGCUCCUACUAUCAGAAGAGCAACUCAAUGGCCGUGCCGUUGCCCACACAUCUGGAAACCGAAUCGGCGGAGCCAAGUCCCACACAGGCCUUUGGGCCCAAGAUCGUGGGCAGUCACGACGAGGACAUACCCGGCACAGCCAUGCGACGCACUUUGGGCCUAAAUCUCAGUCCUGUGCUGGUGGCUCGUAAGUCGAUAGCAGAUGAUAAGGUUAAUCAAUCGUAUGAGGUAGUCGACUCCUCGCAUUCGAAUGUGAUGAACGAUCAGUUUGGCUAUCGACAAUUAAUGCCCGCGGAGCGCAAACCCUCCACAGAGGAGAGCAGCAUUGCCGGCAGCUACAUGAGUAGUCGAAAGGCUAGCAAAAGCAACAGCCUGACUGGAGAUGGUAGCGAUGAGCGACGCAUCAGCAAACAGGAUCGCGAAGGACUCGAUCCGGAGUCGCUGCUGUUUCGCGAUGGACGUCGCAAGGUCGACAUGGUGCUGGCCUGGGAGGAGGAGGACUUGGGUGUCAUGACCGAGGCGGAGGCAAGGCGACGUGACAUUCGACGCUGUUUCAUGGACAAUCUUGUGAAGGAGGGACUCGAGGUGGAGCUGGAGGACAAGUCGCAGUCGUUCAACGAGAAGACGUUCUUCUUGAAAAUCCAUUUGCCCUGGCGACUAGAGACUCGACUCGCCGAGGUCAUGAAUCUCAAGUUUCCCAUCAAGCGCUUCAUCACCAUUUCAGUGAAGCCAUCGUGGGAUGACGACAAUGUGGUCAUGCGCAAUGUGCAGUACUGGAAAGAUGUCUGGCAGCGCUUGACUAAAAAGAUACAGCUCGACCACAGUCUGUUGGAAGGCGAAACAACUUUCAAAGCGGCCACAGCUAAUGGCAAUCCAGAAGAACAAUUCAUUGUCAAGGAUCGCGCUACAGCCUACACCAGUGCCCAGCGCUCUCUCAUGGUGAUGCAGGUGCUGAUUCGCACUCCGUAUGAUGAAAGUGAUCGCAGUGGCAUUCGCAGACUGCUCAACGAUGGCACCUAUCUGGGUUGCUUUCCUCUGCACGAGGGUCGCUACGAUCGUCCACACUCGAGUGGUGUAUCAUUAGAUCGCCGUGUGCUCUAUCAGACCUGGGCACACCCUUCACAGUGGUACAAGAAGCAACCAUUGUGCCUAGUGCGCAAAUAUUUUGGCGAUAAAAUUGCAUUGUACUUCUGCUGGCUGGGCUUCUACACAGAGAUGCUGGUGUAUCCGGCUGUUGUGGGCACACUCUGUUUCAUUUAUGGCCUGGCCACACUCGAAUCGGAGGAUAAUACGCCCAGCAAGGAGAUAUGCAAUGAAUACGGCACAGGCAACAUCACACUCUGCCCACUGUGCGACAAGGCGUGCAGCUACCAAAGACUCUCCGAAUCGUGCCUCUUCUCGCGACUGACAUAUCUCUUUGACAAUCCCUCCACAGUAUUCUUUGCCAUCUUUAUGAGCUUUUGGGCUACUACAUUUCUGGAACUGUGGAAGCGUAAGCAAUCUGUUCUAGUUUGGGAAUGGGAUCUACAUAAUGUUGAAAUGGAUGAGGAGAAUCGACCCGAGUUUGAAACCAAUGCCACCACAUUCCGAAUGAAUCCAGUGACCCGAGAAAAGGAACCCUACAUGUCCACCUGGAGUCGAGCCAUACGUUUCGUCAUCACAGGCAGCGCAGUGCUCUUUAUGAUCUCUGUUGUGCUCUCUGCCGUGUUGGGUACCAUCAUCUACCGCAUCUCCUUGGUCUCAGUAAUUUACGGUGGCGGCGGUUUCUUUGUCAAGGAGCAUGCCAAAUUGUUUACUACUGUUACCGCUGCGUUGAUCAAUUUGGUGGUCAUCAUGAUACUUACACGAAUUUACCACCGCAUGGCAAUUAAGCUAACGAACCUGGAGAAUCCACGCACUCACACUGAAUACGAGGAUUCAUAUACGUUCAAGAUAUUCUUCUUUGAGUUUAUGAACUUUUAUUCGUCCCUCAUCUACAUAGCCUUCUUUAAGGGCCGCUUUUUCGACUAUCCUGGCGAUGAUCAGGCUCGACGCAGCGAGUUUUUCCGACUGAAAAACGACAUUUGUGAUCCGGCGGGCUGCUUGUCUGAGCUCUGUAUACAAUUGGCUAUCAUUAUGGUGGGCAAGCAGUGCUGGAACAACUUCAUGGAGUAUUUGUUUCCAAAGUUCUGGAACUGGUGGCGUCAGCGCAAGCACAAACAGGCCACAAUAGACGAGUCGCAUCUGCACAUGGCCUGGGAGCAGGACUAUCACAUGCAAGAUCCCGGACGCUUGGCGCUCUUUGAUGAAUACCUCGAAAUGAUUCUACAAUAUGGAUUUGUCACGCUAUUCGUGGCCGCCUUCCCCCUUGCUCCUCUCUUUGCGCUGCUCAACAAUGUGGCCGAAAUACGUUUGGAUGCCUACAAGAUGGUCACACAGGCCAGACGACCUUUGGCGGAACGAGUGGAGGAUAUUGGCGCCUGGUAUGGCAUAUUGCGAAUUAUUACGUAUACGGCUGUGGUCUCCAAUGCCUUUGUGAUCGCCUACACAAGUGAUUUCAUACCGCGUACCGUCUACAAAUUUGUUUACUCGGAAUCACAUACUCUGGCUGGAUACAUCGAGCACUCGCUAUCCAUAUUCAAUACGUCCGAUUACAAGGAAGAAUGGGGCGCAACGAGCAGUGAGCGUGAUCCGGAUACCUGUCAAUAUCGCGGCUAUCGCAAUGGCCCCAAGGACUAUGAACCCUAUGGACUUAGUCCACAUUAUUGGCAUGUUUUUGCUGCUCGUCUCGCUUUUGUGGUUGUCUUUGAGCAUGUUGUUUUCGUGCUUACGGGUAUCAUGCAGUUCAUCAUACCCGAUGUGCCGUCCGAGGUGAAGACGCAAAUGCAACGCGAACAGCUGCUUGCCAAGGAGGCGAAAUAUCAUCAUGGCAUCAAGCGAGCCCAGGGAGACAAUCAGGAUAUUGCCAGUCUAUUCCGAGAUGCUACCAAUCGUCAAUCGUUUGCCGGCAGUCAAACAACGUCACGUGGAAGUUGGGCACGUCGUUUCAGUCGCUUAAGCGAUGGAUUAGAUGCCCAUGUGGAGGUUGCAGCGCGGCCACGACGUUCGGUGGAGUCAACCGUGUGGGAAGUUUCCUGACACGAGGAGGAGGCCGAGAGCGAUAUACCCAACAAUCAGCAAGCUAACAGAUGAGAAUAGAAGACCCAAGUCUAUGGUCUCCUUUUUCUCCAUAGCACCUAUGACUACGAUUGCUAUUAUUAUGAAGUCUUUGAAUUUAUUAUUUACUCGUCAACUGUUACUAUUACUAUUUCAAUUACUUUAAACUUAAACACAAAUUUGCCUGAUCAAUAUUAAUGUAAAUAAAUAUGAUUUUAAGUAAAUAAAGCUUGGCAGUUAUUUAUUGAGAAAACCAAAUUUCAACAAAAUAUUGUGUUGAAAGUAGGGAUGAAACUGCUUGCAAGCAGUUGUGUGAAGCAGUGGAUGGCAAGAGUCAUUGGGGACAGAAGGUGUUCUCAUCCUUCUGGUGGGAACAGUUUCUAUUUGAAUGAUUAAAAUCAACAAGUCGUUGCUAUUAAUUACAUAAAGGUAAGCAUGAAAGUUAUUGUUUUGUAUUUUGUUCAGGUUGUCAUAUUCACGUUUAUUAUAU